AUGUUUAUGGGGGGUUUUGCUUUCAAAAGUGACAUGCCGUUGCUUUUCAGGGUUAGGGUCUUUCUUGCGCCAGCAACCCUCUAUCUAGCGCACGGGCUCAUCUCACCCAUUGCUCUUACACUCAGUCCUCGUUUCAUUAAAAACUCUCCUUCAACAUCAAACAACGAGCACUGCCCACGACUCAAAACAUUAGCGACAUCAGCCUUGUCAAACAACCUCACAUACUAUCCCUCAGCAGUCUAUCCACCACACCAACCCCAAACCCUCAAAAUGAGCACCACCAACAACAACAACCACCCCCAAGAGGAAGAAGAAGACGACUACAUGUCCCCCCUCUUCCUCGCGCCCUCCACAACGACCUCCUCCGCCCUCCCAAUAAAAGAAUCCUCCCUCCAACGCCGCGCCCGUCUCAAGCGCGAGGCCGAGGCCCGUUCCCGCCCCAAAUCAAAAGCUGAACUCGCCCAGGAAGCCGAGUUGCAACGCGAAAAAGCGCAUUCUACCUCUUUGCUGGCGUCAAAACCCCAGUCGAAAGGCCUGGCGAUGAUGGCGAAGAUGGGGUUCAGACCUGGGUCUACACUGGGGUCGAGCAGUUCUGGGUCGGCGGAGCCGAUCAGGGUUUCGAUCAAGGAGGGGAAGGAGGGGAUUGGGCUGGAGAGUGAGAGGAAACGGAAGCUGAGGGAGUUGGUGGAGAACAUGGAGAAGAUGGAGAAGAAGAUUAAGGUCGGGGAGGUGGAUUACAGGGAGCGGAUGAGGCAGGAGAGGGAGGAGCAGAGGUUGGAGGGGCAGGUUAGGGGUGCUCAAAAGGUGGCGGAGGGGUUGGAUUCGGAGAGGGCUAAGGAAAGGGGGGAGGAGAUGGGGAAGAGGAGGUUGAAAGGGAUACCGGUUGUUUGGAGGGGGUUGGUCAAGACUAGGGAGGAGAGCGAGAGGGAUAGGAGAAUGAGGAGGGAUUUGGAGGAGCAUGCUAUGUCACGGUUGCCGACGUAUAAUGAUGGGGAUGAGGAUGCGGACGAUAGGAAGGCGUUGGGGAAGAAGAAGGUGGUGUAUGAGGUGGCGGAGGAUUUGGAUGAGGAGGAUGAGGAGUUGGAUGAGUUUAAUGGGUUGACGGGGGAGGAGAAGUUGAGGAGGUUGGUGGAGUAUUUGAGAAAGGAGCAUCAUUACUGCUUUUGGUGCAAGUUCAAGUACGAGGAUGAGAGGAUGGAGGGGUGUCCGGGGUUGACGGAGGAGGAGCAUGAUUGA